GCCAGUGAAAAGCAGCGUCAAGUGAUCACCAUGGCGAGUGUCUUCUCCUUCUCUGCUGCUCAUGACCAGCCCGCUAUGAGCAACCCAGACGUAGAGCGGGAGUCAGGACCUUGGGGAAGUCACCGAGAGCAAGCACCGUGUCGUGCUCAUCGAACGUGA